AUGGAGAAUAAGUACUUUUCUCGCAGUGUCGGUGAAGAUGACUGGCUAGAUUUGGGCCUGUUAGCCUCUCGCUCAGCCGCCCCACCUCAGCACGGCCAAUGGCGCAUUCGGAACCCCAGUCCAUCGCGCCUUUCCCUUCUCGGAACUCGAAUACGAUCCGUACCCAGCGUGUACGUAAUGGUGUCUCCGAACCGUACCCUCGUCUCUGAAAAACAAAUUCAGUCCUCCCCAAAAGGCCACCCGCUGUUUCGCCACGGGCCUGGCCUCGAUGCCGGCCCAGCGAAGGAGAGGAGGCUCUUGCAGAUUGUGCUGUAUGCAUGGCUACAGAAGACAUACCUGCCUCCUCCCGUCCAUUCUCUUUCCCAGCGCCUCUGCACCGCAGGAUCACUGCAGGUUGCCCGCGUGCCAGUUCUCAGGCCAAACCCGCCAAGGCAGGUUUUCAACAUUACCAGCCACCCAUGUCAUCACACCCGAUCUGACCAGUCACAAUACCGGAUCUGCAGCGGAACGAAGAAGCUUCCGCUAAAUUGUCGACUCUCCCUGUAUUUCAUCCUGGAGAAUCGAGGGAUCGAUGCGCUUCACAAAAAAGACAUUUCGAUAUUCGCAGAUAAGAGAAAUACAUUGGCCGACUUCCUACGGAGUAUUAGCACCGACACUAGCCCCAAGGACCACCCUCGCCGGUGCGGCUACGUCGCCAAUGGUUACGACCAAGACCAAAAAGCCCCGUCACACCGAGCUCCCCCAUCGGACACGAAGCAUCGCUUCUUGCCGAUGAGCAUCUAA